AUGGCAGGGCCUCCGCAGAAAUGGCAUGAACAUGCUCGGGGCCAGGAACGAAGGAAGUCCUCGCCUUUGAAGACUAUUGCUUUGGGAGACGGGUCUUAUUUUCCGGAUACAUCACAUAUUGAAUACGUGGAUGGGACUACUCCUCCAGGAAUUGAGACUCUGCCACCAAGGAGGCCACCGAAAGCUGUCAUGCGUGACUUCCACCUGUUUUUGGGAGGUCAUGGCAGGUCUUCUUUAGCUUCACACCCAUACGCGCGCCUAUGUGCAGGGACUGAUAGGGCUGGGCUGGGAGCUCCGGGAGCUCCCCCAACGACACCAGCAGGCCACGGGUUGCCUACGAUCGUCAAUCCAUUAAAUGCAAAUCAACAGAUCUUCCUGAUCCCACCCACUGUGAGCAUCGUGACUCAGGGCGAUUGGCCUAUAAUCUAUUUCGGAGACGAUGCGCCAUUUCCUCGAGUGCGGUUCACGCUUCACCAAAAAGACCCUCAAGAUGAGAAAGACCUUUCGAUGGACUUGAUCAAAAUGGCGCCGGGAAAAUGGGUGAUUCCUGGUGCGGUUCCCACGGGGGACGUCAGGUUGGAUCCGUCUCACCCCAGAUUCAACGCAGGGUAUAAGGUUCCUAGAGCCUUUGACUCAACGAUAGGGCUGGGUGGCUUGCAAUGGACCGUGGAGGCGGGUGACAACCCAGCAGAUUGGAAUGGACUGUCACGAGACCAACUACUCGAGUUCAUGUACCGUUCUCUCGAGGAGAUACUGGGUGACUGGGUAGCCCGAGAUCAACUUCGAAAGGAAAUCUCGAAAGGACCUCUGGCAAAGAAUGUCGAAAACGUGGAAGAUCCAUUGCCGCCGCUUCCACCCCCGCCCAAAACGGGCAGUUUCCCCCGCAGCCAGUACGGAAAGCAUCCUCUCGCGGACGCACAGGCGAGGUUUGAAAAUGCUCACAAUUUCUGGGGAGACUACUCUCGGCCCAGUCUGGCAGUGCAACCCACCGCCAAGAAGGACCCUAAGACUCUGAAGCUUCUACCUCAGAGGCUGUUUGCACAUAUGAGAGAGGCCAUGGAGAAACCAGAUAAUAUUGAUGAUCUCCAUGGUACUUCUUCCGAGGACGACAAUGCCCCUUCGCCUGGGCCUGGAGGAAGCCCCGGAUACCCCCCUAUGAGAUCUCCUAGAAGAUCUCCUGAAGGAGUUUUCAAAGAAGCCUCGCAAGGAUCCGAUUUAAUGAACAUCGACCCACCGCCAGUCGACCCCGAACUUGGCCCUGAUCCGGUGGAUAUAGUCGAAGAUGGAGGCAGGACCGCUCGAGUUGGUGAGUACAAAUGUGUUUGGUUUUGUGUUAUCGUCUUGGUUCUCAGCAUGUUCCUGUGUCUCUUCCUGUAUGCGUUCAAAGUUAUCAGGUAA